AUGUCAAUUCCGGUUGGCAAGAUCCUCACAUCACUGGUAUCUGUAAUAUCGAUCUCCAUCGUAGCAAAUAUCCUAAAGCAGCUAUUCUAUCGAGACCCACACAGACCGCCAGUCGUGUGGCAUUGGGUUCCGUUGAUUGGGAGCACGGUAGAAUAUGGCCAGGAUCCGUACAGGUUCUUCUUCAGGUGCAGGAAAUUGUAUGGCGAUGUCUUCACCUUUGGGCUGCUUGGGAUGAAGGUCACUGUCUACUUGGGAGCCAAAGGAAACAAUUUCAUCCUCAACGGCAAGCUGAAGGAUCUCAAUGCAGAAGAAGUGUACGGGCCACUCACGGUACCGGUCUUCGGCCCGGGUGUUGUCUACGAUGUCGACAAUGCACGCUUCAUGGACCAGAAGCGGUUGCUGAAAGAAGGCUUCACAAGCCAGAGUCUCCGUGCUUACGUUCCGCAAUUCGUCAGCGAAGUCGAGCAGUACGUCGACAGCAACGCUGCCUUCCAGGGGGACGGUGGCAUAUGCGAUAUCUCUACAGUGCUCUCAGAGAUGUCCUUGUACGCCGCGGCAGGAUCCCUGCAAGGUAGAGAGGUCAGGGACGCGUUCGACUCAUCGUUCGCAACAUACUACCGUCAUCUCGAUGACGGCUUCGCACCCGUCAACUUCAUGUUCCCGUGGUUGCCAACACCAGUCAACCGGCGGCGGGAUCGUGCUCAGCAGAUGAUGGCGAAGCUGUACAUGGACAUCAUCCAAAAGCGACGAUCGACUGGCAACCAGGAUAACAGCAAUGACAUGCUUUGGGCACUGAUGGACGCCCGAUACAAGGACGGCACCCAAAUCCCCGACGAGGAAAUCGCGAAUCUGAUGAUAGCGUUGCUGAUGGGUGGGCAGCAUAAUACCGCAGCAUCAGGAACUUGGAUCAUGCUCCACCUGGCCCACCGGCCGCAUCUCAUCGAGGAGUUGUAUCAGGAACAGCUGAACACGCUCGGCGAGAAAGCACCGGCUUAUGAGACACUUCAACAACUGACACUCCACAACAAUGUCAUAAAGGAGACGCUCCGGCUUCACAGCCCGAUUCACUCGAUCAUGCGCAAGGUCAAACAACCGAUGCAGAUUCCGGAGACAGGCAUGGUCGUUCCGGCGGGACACAUUCUCCUCGCAGCCCCUGGCGUUCCUGCUCGAAGCGACGAGUUUUUCCCCAAUGCCAUGACAUGGGAUCCGCACCGAUGGGACAAACCUUCGACGGGGCAUGAUCUAGACUCGCAAGGAGAGGAUGAGACGAUCGACUAUGGAUAUGGAGCCGUGUCGUCCAAGGCGGUGUACAGCCCUUACCUCCCCUUUGGUGCAGGCCGUCACCGUUGUGUUGGAGAGACGUUUGCAUAUGCGCAGCUGGGAGCGAUUCUUGCUACUCUGGUGAGGCUUUUGCAGUGGGACCAGGUCGAUCCGAAGGCCCCUGUGCCUGCAACCGACUAUUCUGUGAGUCCUUCCCAACCUUGGUGGGAGAGUAAAACGUGCGCGGAAUCCCUGCCUCUAAAGGAACCCGGUUGCUUGGCGCCAUAA